AUGGAUCCCAUGGAAUCGUCUGGUGAAGAGAACAUUGUGGAAGAGAGUCAAAAACUGGUUGACUCAUUGGACAAGCUUCAAGUAAGUGCUGGGAGCUCAUCUUCGAAUUUCAAGAAGAAGCCUAUCAUUAUCAUUGUUGUUGGAAUGGCAGGCAGCGGAAAAACCAGUUUUCUUCAUCGUUUGGUCUGCCAAACCUAUGAAUCAAAGAAAUGUGGGUAUGUGUUGAACCUUGACCCUGCUGUAAUGUCUCUGCCAUUUGCUGCCAACAUCGAUAUACGAGACACAGUCAAGUACAAGGAAGUUAUGAAGCAGUAUAAUCUGGGACCUAACGGUGGAAUUCUCACUUCACUCAACUUGUUUGCUACUAAAUUCGAUGAGGUUGUCUCUGUGAUUGAGAAACGUGCAGACCAGCUUGAUUAUGUGUUUGUGGAUACUCCUGGUCAGAUUGAAAUCUUUACAUGGUCAGCCUCUGGGGCUAUAAUCACUGAAGCUUUCGCUUCGACUUUCCCAACUGUGGUCACCUAUGUGGUGGAUACUCCACGUUCCUCAAGCCCAAUCACUUUUAUGAGCAACAUGCUCUACGCUUGUAGUAUUCUCUACAAGACUCGGUUGCCUCUUGUCUUGGCUUUCAACAAAACCGAUGUGGCAGAUCACAAGUUUGCUUUAGAGUGGAUGGAAGAUUUCGAGGUUUUUCAAGAAGCGUUGCAGUCUGAUAACUCGUACACGUCGACCUUAGCGAACAGUCUCUCCCUUGCACUGUUCGAGUUCUACCGGAAUAUAAGAGCUGUUGGUGUCUCUGCAAUCACUGGUGCUGGAAUGGAUGACUUCUUUAAAGCCAUUGAAGCAAGUUCUGAGGAGUACAUGGAGACUUACAAGGCUGAUCUUGACACGAGAAAGGCAGAGAAGGAGAAGUUGGAAGAAGAGAGAAGGGAGAAGGAAAUGGAGAAACUAAGAAAGGAUAUGGAGGGUUCUCAGGGAGGGACUGUGGUGUUGAACACUGGUUUGAAAGACAGAGAUGCAGCAGAGAAUAUGAUGGUAGAGGAGGAUGAUGAUGAUGAGGACUUUCAGGUUGAUGAUUAUGACAGUGAUGGUGCCAUCAUUAAUGAGGAUGAUGAAGAUGAUGAUGAGAUGAGUCGUUACUACUUAUAA